AUGUCUGUCGACAUUGGAUGGGAGACCAUCACCUCGGGUCCCGACGGGGCUGUUCUUGCAGACAAAAUUCGCGCCUUUGUGGACCAGAAGUUCCAACAGGUAACCUUGCCUCGAUUCAUCCAUGCCGUCCAUGUCCAUUCGUUCGAGUUUGGCUCCGCCUGUCCGGACAUCGAGAUCAAAGACGUUUGUGAUCCGCUGCCCGACUUCUACGACGAGGAGGAAGACAGCGACGAGGGUGAUGCGCAGCAAGCCACUACUGAAUCUGUCGAUAGUCCCGGCACCGCAGCUUACGAACCUUCCAAUACCAAUUCGCACCCCUCCCCUCGACCGUAUAGUAGGCCACAGCUGAGCAACAUCCUCACCGGUCGAGACGGUCAUGAGUGGCGGCCUUCUGCGACCACCAAGGACGUUGUCGCUGUAAGCGCGGACCCUACUGCGGCCUCUUUCCCCCGAAGCACCACUCCAGGCAUCCCCGGAGGCACCUCCAACCUCAGCUACUUUCACUUUCCUACCACAGGUCUUUCUGGAAGUCAGACCCCAUUGGCAGCAGUCGCCAGUGGCAGUCCAUUCGCCCCGCGACCGUGGUCGUAUGACCCGACCCCGACCCUGACCGCAGCGCCGGGGCGGGGGACUCUGCAGACAUCAAGCAAAACCAGAAACAGAAAUGUGGCACCAGACCCUCCGGCUCAUGACGAUCCCUCUACCCGGCCAUCCACCGCAAACAGCAUCUCGUCUCCGCGUGAGUCAGAAUCUGGCCUCUCUUCACCUCGGCUACAGCAUAGUGGGUACGAAAAUGGCCACGACAUGGAUGAGGCCGUACUUGAUAAGGUCCGCCCCCUAUCGCCCUCGCCCUCGCCCUCACAUAUCCAGAGCAGCCAGCCAACGGACCUGCAGGUGGUUGCGAGGGUCAAAUAUUCCGGGGACGUGCGCAUGACAUUGACCGCGGAGAUCCUCCUUGAUUACCCUAUGCCUAGUUUCGUGGGCAUUCCGGUCAGGUUGGCCAUCACCGGCAUGUCAUUUGACGGAGUGGCCAUAGUGGCAUGGAUCAAGGGGAAAAUGCAUUUUUGUUUUCUCGACCCCGAGGAUGCCACUGCGCUGAUCGGAGCUGGCUUGGGAGAAAACCAGCAAGACGUGAAGGGUGGUAAAGAUGGAUCGAGGAGCAAUUUUCCCGGCCCGCUACAAGAAAUUCGCGUGGAAAGUGAAAUUGGUCGACAAGUGGACGGGAAACAGGCGCUCAAAAAUGUCGGUAAGGUCGAAAAGUUUGUCCUCGAGCAGGUCCGUAAGAUAUUUGAGGAGGAGUUCAUCUUCCCCAGCUACUGGACUUUUUUGGUCUGA